UUGAGAAAGGCCGGCGGGAGGUGGAGCUCUGCUGAGAGACAGAUCUUGAGUGGAGUUAGCGAGAGAUGCGAGCUCCUGGUUAGCUGCCCGCCGGAGAGAUGGAAAGGGCCUGAGACUGGGGAACAGAAGCAACGGCGUAUCCAUCUAUUUAUCAACAUACACACACGCACCACCUGGGAGAUAAGAGAGCUGCUGUGAUGAAUAAAGACUUGUGCAUCCAUUCCUGGCCUGGUUCAUACUAUCUUGACAGUGAGAAACGAUGGGUUUAUGGCAAACUAUCGCUCACACCGGGCCAAUUGGCAUUUACAUCUGACAAGGAGGGGCUUACGCUGACCAGCUUUAAGCUCUCUGCCAUCACCAGCAUCAAGAAGGAGGCAUCCAGCUUCAUAUUCAGCUCACUCACCGUGCUGGUAAAUGGCAACGAGAAGCACUGGUUCAGUUCGCUGCAGCCCAAUCGGACAGUGGUUUUUAACGUCAUCGAGCACUUCUGGCAAGCACAGUUGCUUUCAUCCGAUGGGGUGGAAGUAGAGGCCAGCCCUGAUCGCACAUCCAAGGGGAAACAGCUUAUUCACUUGGCUUCCAGCUCUCACCAACGCUUGGAAGACACAGCCAAAGUACUGCAUCAUCAGGGAGAGCAGUUUGAUCGCAUCAUGAAAGGGCUGGACAAGAUUGAGUCAGACAUGGAUGUGGCAAACAGACUGCUAACUGAGCUGGAGUCUCCGCCGUGGUGGCCGUUCAGCAGUCGCCUCCGAAAGGCUCAACAGGAAACGAAGAGUCAACAAGAACUCCCGCGAUCUGCCUCAAAGGCUUUUGGGAAGGAAGGUUUGAUAUUGAAAGUCCCUGUUCUUUAUUGCCAAGGUCAAGAUCCUAACCUGAAACAGGGAACGCUCGCAGUUCUUUGCUCCGGUCUGGAAAUCUGUGAUUCGAAUGACCAACUUGUGCAUAAGUUCCGACGGGAGGAGGUUGAUGAUGUUAAAGUGCAAAGCCCUUAUGAAAUGAUUGUCCGUCAGAGGUUCAUAGGGAAGCCUGACAUCUCCUUUACCCUACAGUCUGCAAAGAUGACUGAUGUUGUUUCCAUUGUGGAGAUACAGUACUCCAAAAAAGUGCAAUUCAAAGAUGAUUUGUUGGGUCUCUUCAGACCAGAGGACUCUCCUGUUUCAGACAAUGUUGGCAUGGGUGGCUCCAUAUGGAAUGCAGCAACUGGCUUCUUGGAUAGAGUUAUGCAUCCUGUUUCAGCGAGUGGUGGACAGAUGUCUCAACAAGUGUCUGACCAGACAGUUUCAGAGGCUGAGGCUCAAGAACUGAGACAGAUUUUACGGAAGUUGAAGACUAUCGCGCUGGAUACUGAGGCUGAGCUAGAGCGUCAGGACGAAGUGCUGGAUGUCAUCAGUUCCUCCACAGACCAGGCAACAUCCCGGAUAAACACGAGUCACCGCCGAAUGCGGAAACUCCUGUAGGACUUGAGCUGACCAAAUGUUGCAAUGUUCAGUCAUGUUUGAUGCAGUUCGUUCUUCAACAGGCCAUCAGCAUUUGGAUGGAAUGCUUCAAAGAGCUGGAACAACAAUGGGUCAGAUGGCAAUGAAUCAGGUUCACUCACUCCUUAAAGUUUGAAGAGAAAGACCUGUUUAUGUGUACCUGGCUUGAGACUGUUGAAAAAUCUCAUAUAAAUUGUUAGAACAAUCUGUGGCCAGUCUGCUGUUCUAUUGUCUUGGCCUCAUCAACAAUAUAUCAGCAUACAUAGAGGAGCUAAGAAUGUGCUCUUGUCAUUCAGACUCCAUUUCCAUGGCAACCAUCUAAGCAUCUAAUAUUCCACUGUUUUAGAACACAAUAAAUUUUAGCUAAUUGCAGAAAAUCUUCAAAGAUACUAGCAAAUUCAGACAUCCUUCUAAUUUGCAAUCUACAAAAAAAAACGCAGUUUCUUUAAAAACAAUGAAUGACACUUAAUGAUACAAUAAUUUUUUUUCUAAGGGAAUAUAGAUAGGUGUACCCUUGAGUCAAGAUUCCCCCCUAUAUGAGGCAUGCCUUUCUGGUUGCUUAUGUAUUUACAACUGGUACUAUAUCGCUUCACCAUGCAGAGGAAAGUCAUGCAAAGCGUACAUGUGCCAAUACAUUCCUGUUACAGCUUGAAGCUCAGACAAAAUUUCACUACUCCAUGGCACACUAUUGCUUGUUUUUCCGGUUAUUCCUGGUGAAUUGCAUCCACUAGUGAUCAACAAAGUGCCAAUAAUGUGCAGCUGGUCGAGCAGUUUGUGAAAAGGAAAAGGAAGUUAAUUUUUCUGGUGAGACACAUCACCCAAAAUGUUUCUCAUUUGAGAUUCAGAGACAGCUGUUUUUACCUUAAGAUUUCCUGCAUUUGUGGUCCUUCCUUGCAUUUUGUGCAUUGGAUUCAGUCAUAAUUAGUGCUUUGCAACAAGAUCAUGUUUGGGGGUAAGAGAAGAGAAAUUAGUAACUUCAGUCAUAGUGAGUGGUGGGAUUUAGAAUUGAAAGGCUCAAGAUAAGUGUUAUAGGGAUUGUGUUCAAGAAGGGAAGGACAGUAAUAAGGUUUAAAAUCUGACUGCAUCUACUUGUUUCUGUCAAUUGCUACAAACACUAUUAGUGCAAACAAAUGGCAGCAUUAUGAAUUCCAUUUGUUAGCUAUCCUAUCAGUUGUAGUUUGGGGAUGCUCUGCCUUGCAUACACUCACUCAAUGAGAAAAAUUGAACAAGGCAAAUGGACUUGCAGUUCUACUGUUAAUGGAUUAUUGAACGUUUUGCUUCAACGCAUUAAUCAUGCUUAUCUCUCCCUAUAUAUCUCUAUUCUGCAUGCUACUAGGAUUUGGUUUGUGGGUGACAUUUUCAUUCUAUGUGCUUGAGUUCUGGGAGUGGUGGGAAGUGAAUACAAAAUACAGUUAUUGACUGUGCCGUUUUGAUAUUUUGGUGACACCGGAAGAAAGUUUUGAUGUGUGUACCACACCAGUGAAGUGUUAAUGAUUACAACUCUACCUCUGCCACUGUUGACUGCAGUGGCGAAGGAAAUAAUAUGAAGAAUUAAAUGUAUCACACAAAAUAUUAAAAAACAAAGUUUAAAAUGCAUUGCUUCAAGAAUAUACUAUAUUGAUACCAAUUAGUUAAAUACACACUACACUAUUUACUUAUCAUGCUAGUGAUAUCUAGGGCCACAAUAUCAACAAACAGCAGUCUCACCAAGACAGCCUGGAAUUUUAAAUCAGAAAUGGUCUUGGGAGUUUCCUCUACAUGUGGCAUAACUCCUUUUAAUGUUGAUUUGCUGCCUGUUUGUACUCAUGGUUUGCUGCAAAUAUGUACAUUAGGAUGUUGCAUGGCCUUAAAAAUGUCUUACUAAGUUAAAUAGAUGAAGUUAUAACCAUAACGUGCAUAUCCCAGUAUGCAAUGCUAAUUAACAUAUUCUCCUGUUGAUAAUUAUUUUCACUUGUACUUCAGUGCAUGAGCAUGUCUUUACCCCUGUGAGUGGAUGCAACUUUCCUUUGGAGAUACACAUGAAAAAGUAGUAGGACCAACAGGGAAUUGUGCACUUUAAUAAACUCCAAGAUAUAAAUGGAGUACUUUCUGUGCUGAGGAGUUCAGUUCAUUGGCAUGGUCUAUUUGGCUGGAUCUCACAUGCAACUUUUAUAAUGUCACAUUAAUGGAUUGAUUGCUGUGAAUUGUAAUAUCCUAGGACAUGCUGGAAAUGUUCAAUAGAAUUGCUUACUUUUAAGAUGUAGCAUUGGCAUUGUUCACAGUUAUUUGAGUAUACUUGACUUAAUAUUUUUGAUUUAUGAUGGGUAUUGAAGUGGGAUGACGUUCCCUCAUUUCCAUCGCCACUGCUUCCAAACUGGGAGAUGGAAUAAUGUGUAUGGAGGCAUAGGAUAAUUGAUAAUGCAGCACAUGAAUAAGCAACAUUCUCAAUGUGUUAAGUCCGCUUUCAUGGAUGAAUUAGAGUAGGUAAACUCAGUGAGAAUCAAUUUCCAUUCUUGAUCCACCGUCCACACAAGAGCCAUGAAAGGAGAAAGAGGUGCAGUGUGAAAGACUACAGAUUAUCACUAAAAAUAAUUGAAGUCUUGAAAGCUUGUGCUUUUAGAUACUUUGGCACGAUAGAACAUCGAGCAGUUAGAUAAAAUGGUUACAAAGAUAAGUAUAUAUAUUUACUAGAUAUAUAUUAGGUUUUAUAGUAGAAGGCACUGAAUUCACAACUAUUGCUGGUAAACUAGAUGUUGAUGUGAUCUUGGCAAAGCCUGUAGUUAGUUCAUCAUUUUUUUCUGGAAGAACAAGAUCUUUACCUGGAUAUUUUGCUUUUGAACUCUACAAAGUGCAUUAGCAAAUUGCUGCUGGUAAAUCGUUCUUUAAUUCAUUUCUGGAUUCUAGUGAGUUCUGAACUGCAAUAUUUCAGUGCUACUGUUUUGGUCCUUGUUACUGAUAGUGCCACAGAUUUGCAUGCAUCUUGCUCUCAAGAACAAUUGGUCUUCAAUAGCACUUUAUCCUCAAAAAAUAACACCUUAUUUCCCCAAUUGAUCUCAGCCUUCAUAGAUAGUAACCCUAUUGACUUUUCAUUGAAGAAUCUGGCUGCAUAUCAAGGAUCUGUGCCUUGGCCUUAAUAACUUUCCAGACAGCCCUUUACAAUUUGUGAUAUUAUAAAAAUUAAAAAUCCUUAUAUCAGUCUUAACCUUUUUGUUCAUAACGCAGAUUGUGUGUUGUCUUCUCCUGCAGCUCAGCUUAUCCUAAAAAAUAUUGUUCCACAAUUGUUCUUUUUUCUGUAAUACAUUGGAUAUGUAAUGUUCUCUCAGAACAACUACCUUCACGAAGGAAGGUGCCAGCUUCUCAUUCCUCAUAAGCACUAUUUUGAGCAUCAGCGAUUAAUCAUGUCUGUUUUUCAUUUAUUAUGCUUUUGUCUCCUUUGCAGUGACACGGGAAGCUUUUCUUGAUCCUCUUGACAUUGCAUUGUGAUUCACUUCUGGUAUUUUUAUUUUUAGUUCAUCACAUGGUUUCUCAGUGUAAGAUGUAGAUAUUUUACACUUAGCAUCAGUCAGUGGACCUUCCCACACAUAUAAAUGUAAAGCUUCUACCACUGCCCAACAAAGUGCCUUAUUCCUAAUUUUGGAAGAACCAUUUCUUCUUCUGCCAACUGUGACAUUUCAAAAUUUGCACACCCUAUGGCCUUUGUGAGUUUGCCAAUUUAGUGUUGAAUGUACGUAGCAUAUUGUAGACUUAGAGACAUUCGGAAACUGUUAAAAGUAGUCCAAUUUUCUUUCUCUUCAAAUUUGCCCAGACAAGAGGGAAAUUGGACUGAGUUGAAGCCAAAUAUUGGAGUUAAGGUAACACCUACACAGGUUCCUUCACAGUUCAUGUUUUAAGUUUAUUUUUGUGGAUAUCAUUAUUGUAAUUUCCAAUUUAAAAAUUAUAGUCAGUUUGAUCACAACCGUGGCAUAAACCAUAAAUUGUUGAUCCCUGGAUCACUGCCCUCAACAUUGCUUCAUAGUGACUGGUUUUCUGGCCAUGAUUCUCUGCUUUAUGGUCUCUGGUUACCCAGCCUUGAUUCACCUCGCCAUGGUCCCUUGUUAUCUAGCCAUGCAUUGUGAUCCAUUGUCUGCCUAUCUAAACAUUGGUCUCCCAUCAGUGGUGCACGCUGUCUGGCUGAGAGUACCUUGUCAAUAAUGCCUGGCCAUAGAUCAUGGCUACCUUGUGCCAUGUCAUUUGCUCUUUUGCAAUUGAGGCAGCACGCUAAAUUCGGACAGCCAAUGAGAAGAUGAGCCUAUCAUAUCUUGUACAUAGACAUACAUUUUUAUUUGUAAAUUAUAAAAUAAUGUUUUAAAGUAGUCCUUUUUCCUGAGUCUUAGCUGCUGGGAGAAUGAUUUUAUGCAUUUCUCUUUGGCUCACCAUUUUGUUUUCUAAUUCUUAUUGUGUGGCCUAAAGGGGUCCAUGGUAUGCAGUCCAUAAAAAUGAAAGUUUGGGCACCCCUGACUUAUAUUUGAUGCUUUUGAGAAGAGUACUGCCAAACCAAUGGAGGAAACCGAAUUCCUGCCAGACACGGUCAUUCUGCAAAUUACUGCACUGAUUUUCAGAUGGAAUUAUAUAUGUAGUCAUUUUUUUUGUUUGUGUGGUCUUUAAGAUCAACCAUUGAUUAUAACGAUAGAGGGAGUCGAAUUUCAAGCGGUUUCAGGUAAUUGUCUGCAGACUCUCUGUGUUUAGGAAAAUGGUUUGUAAUGGGGAGCAGGCAUUAUUAAAUCUCUUGCUUUCAAUACUAUAUUACUGAUUUGCUGUAUGGAAUUGUACACGCUGCCUGUGUCGUGUUUGCUUUGUACAAUAAAUACUGAAAUAAAUCUACAAACCACA